AACGACUCCCCGACCACCGGAAUCAACCGCCGCAAAAUCUCUGCCCAAAGCAGAGUAGCGCCAAGGACGCAAGCGCACAGUCAUCGGCCAUAUCUCCGAUCUAUCAAACGCCAAGGGUGUUCCAACAGAAAUACUCACACGACUUCACAAUCGAUACUUCUGGCUCUUAUCUGACACGCCUUCAUUUCUUUGCUUUCUCUUCCCCAGUAAUUUCCCAUUGCUCGCUCAAUGUUUCGGUUCCUGGGUUCAGGGGAGUACUCGGAAAAAAUGCACAGCACGAGUGAUCUUUCAUACCAUCAAAUCUGCUAACACCAAGGCAAUCCAUCACAUCAAGGCUAACUAAGGCAGUUGAAGCUUCCGCCAUUCAGGCCUCGGCUUCCACCGUAAGCUUUCCGCCACUUUUCUAUCCCGUCGAUUGCUUCUUUUCUACGGUGCUUGGUUUUUCCGGAUCGUAAUUCUGAUUUCUCAAUCAACUACUCAUGAUUCGGGAAUUUCUGGACGCUUGAGAAGCAAUUGCAGGGCUCUUGAAUUUGCAUAAUUUCUUGAUUCAAAUGUGAUGCCACUUGUGCAUGUGAGAAGCUUAAGCAAUUGAAAGGUUAUAAGAUGGAAAGUCCCCGCUCUGUCAAUAGUCCUAGAAGAAUUCUGAGUCUGUCAAAACAGCGUGUAUCCUUUCAAGAUUCAGAUGACAAAACUGGGUUUGGGUUGUCUGGCGAGCAUGGACCAAAGCCUUCAGAAGUUUAUGGUUUUGUGGGAUCCAUAACAGUUGUUGUUGCUUCAGUUAUCUUCUUGAUAUGGGCGUAUGUUCCUGAGCAUUGGCUACAUUCUAUUGGGAUCACAUACUAUCCUAGCAGAUAUUGGGCUCUGGCUGUGCCAACGUAUGUUAUGGUGACCAUUGUCUUAGGACUGGGAUUCUACAUUGGCCUCAACUUCAUGUCAACACCUUCCCCUGCAUCUUUGAACACAAUCUAUGAUGAAUUCAGCAGAGAUCCCUCUUGUAUUAAUUGCUCUGGAGAGGGAGACGACAAGCCCAUUGAGCCCAUUUCAGAUAUUGAUAUCUGCAGAAUCAACGAUAUCAUGUUCAGAGAUACAACCUCGUAAUCCUUGGGGCAUACUUGUCUUUGAUGCUAUGGUGGAUUUUACCUCAAGCCAGGGGUGCCGCUGAUUUGGCUUGUUGCAUCUGAUGGUUUCAGUGGUUAGACAUGAAGAUUAAGCUUCUCCAUCUUUAGGACAGAUUGGUUUUGAACCUGCUAUUAGAAUCUUUCUAUUGCUCGAAUCUUGUAAUUUCUGUUACAAGCUAGUCUUGAGCAUUGAGAAUAACCAUUCCGUAUUCAUACCCAAGGAUUGCAGGUGUCUGGGCUCCUAGGAAGUCAUAAGAACCGAGGGAUUGUUUUGAUUAACACAUGUAAAAGUGACUUAUUUCAAUUGACUUUUACAAAUUGAAGUUGAGCGAAAAAUCAAUAAGUGUAAUGUAAUGUAUAAAAAUCAGUUUCAGAUGGCUUAAAUAAUUCCUAUGUAUUUGGAUGUUCAUCUCACUACACAACUAAUUGGAAAAUUAUUUAUUACUUACGUGAUUA